UUAUUGAUUGAAUGAUUUUAUUGUUGAUGUUUGUAUUUUUUUGCCAUAUAUUUGAUAUCAGUGCUACUGGGAGUAACUGUUCAUAUAUUUCUUUGAGCAGAUUUUAUUAUAAUUUAUGGUUACAUAAGUAGACUGUGAUUAACGUCAUAGAUUUGUUUAUAAAUGUAUUCGAGUGAUUAGUGUUUUCGGUAAUUUUUUCUUUCUCUCAAUCGCAACACAAUUAUUCGUUAUAAAAAUGUUUCAUAUACUCCUAGUCAAACAGUUUACUUGAUGGCCUUCUUCGUCAUGCAACGGUUUUUAGUGUUUGGGGCUCUACUUAGCACGGGCUUGUGUUCUUUAAUUUCUGAUAAAUUCAGUGGACGUAUUGUCGGUGGUGUGGACACCACUAUUGAGCAACAUCCAUACCAGAUUUCCUUAUGGCUGGUUGAAGAACAAGUGCACUUCUGCGGUGGCAGUCUUAUCAGUGAGAACUUUGUGCUCUCAGCCACUCACUGUCUACUAGGCUUUGAACCAUUCGAUUUGCGUGUACGCUUAGGUUCGACUAACUCUACUAAUGGCGGUCUCUUAGUCGAAGUAGCCGCUAUAAAGACACACUCGGGUUUUAGCGUUAUAACCGCAAUGAAUGAUAUUGGUUUGCUGAAGUUGGCAAAACCUGUGGCACAAACGAAUAGCAUUCGCUAUAUCGAACUCGCCGAUGCGGUACCAGCAACCGGCACACCUGCUGUAGUCUCUGGUUGGGGUAUCAAGUGUAGCUUGUGCUUUAGAACGCCAGUUAUUUUACAAGCUGUAGAUGUGAAUAUUGUACAACGUGAAGAUUGCGCCUCCAGUACUUAUAAAUAUGGCGAUCAAAUCCGUGAAUCUAUGGUUUGUGCUUAUGCAUUGAAGAAGGAUGCCUGCAGUGGUGAUUCGGGUGGUCCGUUGGUGGCUGAAGGCAAAUUGGUUGGUGUUGUUUCGUGGUCGGAAGGCUGUGCCAAAAAGGAUUAUCCUGGUGUUUAUGCCAGUGUACCAGAAUUACGUCAGUGGAUAUCUAGCGCUAUAACGGAGUUAUCGAGUGAAGAGGCAUUGAGAGUGUCUUAUUUAUGAAAUUCUAAUUUUCUUAAAAAUUCAGUAAAUAUUGUUGAAAUGUGGUAAUGCAUUCCCACAAUUAAUUUGUGUUAUGAGAGAUCAAAAA